UCGAAAAUUGCGAUUAACUUUACAGUCAAGUGUUGGUUUAACUUGUGCCUAAAUUUUAUCCAACUUAUAAAGUAAUUUUAAAAGAAUGGUAAAUAUUAUAAGAUCUCGAUGUUUAGUGAAAAUAUCUCUGUUUUUGAGGUCAACAAAAAUUCUUUCCAGUAGGUUGUUAUCGUCCAAAACGUUUGCUUACGAACGAGUUGACAAAAAUGUGUGGGAAAACUUACAUUGGUGGCCACUCAUUGGCGAUAAAUCUAUGGAGAAUUAUAUACCAUUAACAAGGAAACAACUGAUAGAAGCAAUAUCAGGUGAUAAACAGGCUUUUGAUCCAGACGAAAUCAAAGAUUUUACAAAGUUCUGUUAUAGCUUAGAUAAUAUUCUAAGAAUUCACAAUAAGAAACGGUCAAAGGUGUUGAAAAGCUUAUAUAAUCCCAUUAGCCCUGAAAGGGAUACAAUACAAUUUGAAAGGUUUAAUGAGAAACAGUUAAAAGAUAGAAAAACCGAUGUUCUUGAGCAAAUAUCAAAAUUGGCAUCUGAAGCUGCAUUCUAUGAACUAUCAGAAGAAUUCAUAAAACGGACAUUGCAUAACAUUACCAAGAGAGAAAAGUUUGAUUUAUAUGUAAACACAGACGAUUUUGAGGUUUUAAAAAUCUGGGUUAUAGGCCUAGAUGUUGCACCCUUAGACAAAAGAAGUUUAUAUAAGAAAGCCAGGAGUUAUCGAGAAAAAACUUCAAAUUUUCUUGAUCCACAGGACCAUACAUACCAUGACCAUUUUUUUAUGAAAAAGAAAGCUUUCAAAAAUGUUAAACCUAAGAUUUUCCCUGAUUUACCACAAUUUUCCCGAAUUGAAAGAUAUAAACGCGUUUUAGUUGCAUUUCGUUUAAAAAGUGACACCAAACUUCACUUGAAGGCGUUUAAAGAUAUACCUUGUGACAACCUUGAAUUUCUGUUACCAGAAGGUGUCCUGAAAACAAGAAGUAUUGACAAAGCGCGGGUAACUAUAACAGGAAUACUGUUGGUGCUCCUUUACGGAGUUGGAGUUAUAACUGAUUAUAAGCUACAUACUACUUUGGCUAUAUCAACGACUGCUUUUAUCAUCGUUUUACGGACAUGGAGUGCCUACCAAAGUUUAAUAAACAAGUACAUUAUGAACUGGUCAAAGACGUUGUAUUUUAAAACUAUUGCUAACAUUCACGCCCUCUUAACACUGCUUGCAGAUCGAUCCGAAGACGAACUUUAUAAAACAGCGAUUUUGAUAUGUUUCUUCUUGCACAGUAGAGGUAAGAAUGAUGCAUGGGUAUCAGAAAAAGAAUUAACUAACGAAAUACAACAGUGGAUUCACCAAGUAUUUAAAGUCAACAUAAAGUUCCGCGUCAACAUUGUUGCUGGCAUACUUGAAAGUCGAAAUAUAAUCAGUUCUCAUGACAAAUACGGGGAAAGAAGAUAUAUGAUGUCAUCUAUGCAGGACAUGGCCUCUGCGAUUCCAACUGUGAAAAAGAAUCCACACGCUUUUACGAGCGAUGCUUUGUUUACAGAUAUUGUUGAGCAUGGUGAAAAACUCUACGAAGAAGAGUUUAAAUGGGAUUAAGGAGUGUGUUUUACUCAACAAAACUUCGAGCCUACAAAUUUGCAAGAUUUGCGAAAAAUUUGCGCCUUGACCAAUCGAACAGUCAAUGUUUUUGGUACAAAAUAUGUUUUAAAUUGGAUUUGUUGGUAAUUGAAGUAGGGGAGAGUACAAAUGGAGAAAUAUCUCGAUGCACCAGUCUAAUUUCCACGGAGCCUGCUUUUAUGUGCCAAUCCAUUCUUAAAAAAAACUUUGUACCUUUUGAAAACCUCUGAACUUUUUUAUUUCGAAUAUUCUAUUCCGGGCGAAAAACCACUAAUUCUAUUAUUAUUAGCUAUAAUUUUGGGAUAAUUAUAGAGGAUAGUCUCUUUGGUGUGUUAAACACUGUUAUCAAUGUGGGUCAUGUCUUUCCUAAUGUAUAGACUGGAGACGCAUAGACACUAUCUACACAAUUUUAUCUCGCAAGGUAUGAGUUGACUUGUGGCUGUUGUCACAGGACUUGCUAAAUGGCCUUGCUACAGACUGAACCACCAGCUUUAUGAUAACAAAUUUAACUUUCUAAACGCUCGAUUGCUCAUUUAAUUAACCAAACUGGUUCCCUAUCCUUUUUCUUUAUCAAAUCUGAUAGUUAAGUUUAAAUUCAAAAAGCAGUGGAAACGUGCAUACUUUUAAACUGAGACAUAUUAGACAAAAUAUCUUCUGAACAAAAGGGAUUGGCCACCUACUUUAAAUCAACUACUUAAUCUUGCGUCAGCCAUUUGACCUAGCCUACCGACCGACUACGAUUGUUGGUGCCCCCAAAUUACACCGCAAUUGAAAAAUGUCACGUGGAUAAUGUUAUUUUCGCUGAAAGUGUAAAUGCAUUUAACGACGGUUAACAAUGGGGGGGGGGAGAAAGUAUGUCUAAUGUAUUAGAGUAGUUCUCUUGCCCCCACAACAAAUACGAUAAUAAGAAAUAGAAAUAAUCUUCACACAAAUACUACUACAGUAAACUUCCUUCUUUAAAUGUAACGUUCGAUAGCUAACCCUAACUCAUUUUUAACUGACGCUAAUUUAACUGAGAUUCGUUUUUUAAACUUAGAUUUCUUUGCAACCAACCUCGUUCCCAAGCAUUCUCUUAAAGCAAUCUCCAUAACCAAACUUCAAGGAUAUACCCCAUCUAUUAUUCCCAGAAGGGGCCAUGAGCUUAGAUAGGGAGUCCUGGAGUAUUUAACGCUUAUUAUGAGUCCUUGCAACAUCCAACAUCCUUCACAUUGUGCCAUCUCUCCCAUUUACUUCGCAUAGUUUGGGUUAACCGGGGCUAUGGUAACAUUCAAUCGCCCAUAUUGAAUCGCCGCCAAGGGAAAUAGAACCCUGGUCACUUGUAAAAAGUAAUAAGUGUGUAAUAGGCGCCACAAAGGGCUAGUAACAAUAAAAAAGAAGAAAAAAGAUGUCUUCUAUAUGUUGUGGAUUUAAUUUAAUUUUAGUUUUUAUAUAUGUACAAUGCGGCUUUGUUAAUAAAAGAAGACGCGUUUUGACGAGUUCAGGAAAUGUCUGUUAAUAAUGAAAACAAAUAAAUAUUUUUGUAAGCUAAGGUAAGUAUGAUCUCUCAUAUCUGCAUUCAAUGUUUUUAUAAAAGUUAACUAAAUAAUUAACGUUAUUGAUUUCCGCCGGCGAGGGCGGAAUCUUUAAAAUCGCCUGGGAAGAUAGAGAGAUAGAUAGAUAGAGACAGCCCAGAGCCUGGACGCCUAAAACUUAUCCAGGCUAAAGCCUAAAUUCUCGUUUUGACACAUUUAGUUCUGAGAACGAGGCUAUAUUGCGUUUUAAACUAAUAGAAAUAUAUAUACAAAGGGUAAUUUCCUCCCAUCCAGGGAAUUUAUUUAGGUAGCCAGAAAGUUUCAUGUUGGUGAAAAGCAGUUUGCUGAUUGAAUUGAUUUAUUGCUAACUAGCUAUAUAUUUGAUACUGUGAAUACGAUAUAAAUACAUAAAUAUAUAUAUAUAUAUAUAUAUAUAUAUAUAUAUAAGACACCCAUCGUACUUCUGUUGUUGGUGUGCAGAAAUUGUCGUCGACUGAUUCGGGAACCAGUCCCAAAUUGUUCUAUGAUACAAAACAUGUUGGCACGAUUUCAUUGAACUAAUUUUGACCCAACAAUUCACAAUUUCAAGCGUCAUUCAAACAUGAUUUGCAUGUGAAGAUUUGUUGACAGAAGCGGUUAAAAAAAAAGAUGGAACAAUGAUGAAACAGAAGAGCUUGCUGAUUUGCUCGAUUUACACUUUUUGUUGGAUGCGUUUGAAAUAAGAAUAUAUUCGUUAAAUACAGAUUAUGAAUUGAAAUAAAAAAUACUUGUAAUAGCCUGAUUUGUAAAGUAUUUUUAUAUAAUUCAGAUUGACUUUCGUGGUAAAAAAUCUCACGAUUAGGGAUUGGUCUAGGCUGAAAUGUCUAAAAAUGUGUAAAUUGUUAUCUUUUUCGUUUAACAUAUAUAUAACUGUACAAUUUUUUUUCAUUUGCAAUCAGUUGCUAGUCUUACAACAACAACAACAAUAAUGAUAAAUAUUUAAAGUGUUUCUAGCCCAGAAAAUCACAAAAACCAAUUGUGAGUGGAUUAUUUCCAUUGGGGUCCACUGAGUCUGAGUGAAGCUAGCUUUCUCACAUUUACGUUUAGUUUUAGCAGGCUUCUAGAAAACUAAUCAAGACCAACGUUAGAGGUAGCUAAGGUUACAGAUCAGAUGAAUUAUUAUUUUCCUUUUAAAAUUUAAUUUUGAAGUAUAA